CUGGACUUCCGGCUGUCCGCUGAGGGGUUGGGCUUGAGCCUCGGCAGAAAAAAAGGAAGGGGGUUUUUUUUUUGCGGUUGUUGCAGGCUUUUUUUUUUGCUUUGGUGGAAGGUGGUUAAAUUGACGCUAACAUGGGAACAAGAGAUGAUGAGUACGAUUACCUGUUUAAAGUUGUGUUGAUUGGUGAUUCUGGGGUUGGAAAGAGCAACCUCUUGUCAAGGUUCACACGUAAUGAGUUUAAUCUGGAAAGUAAAAGCACCAUUGGAGUGGAGUUUGCCACCAGGAGUAUCCAGGUAGAUGCAAAGACAAUUAAAGCACAGAUCUGGGACACGGCAGGUCAGGAGCGAUACCGUGCCAUCACUUCAGCGUACUACCGUGGUGCUGUAGGUGCCCUGUUGGUGUACGAUAUUGCCAAACAUCUAACGUACGAGAAUGUCGAGCGGUGGUUGAAGGAAUUACGUGACCAUGCUGACAACAAUAUUGUCAUCAUGCUGGUUGGGAACAAGAGCGACCUACGUCAUCUCCGAGCUGUGCCCACGGAUGAGGCACGGGCCUUUGCAGAGAAGAACAAUCUUUCAUUUAUUGAAACAUCUGCACUGGAUUCAACAAAUGUAGAGGAAGCAUUUAAAAAUAUUCUUACAGAAAUUUACCGCAUAGUUUCACAGAAGCAGAUUUCUGAUCGAUCGGCUCACGAUGAAUCGCCUGGUAACAACGUCGUAGAUAUCAGUGUACCACCAACAACUGAUGGGCAGAAAUCUAAUAAACUGCAGUGUUGCCAGAAUAUGUGACUUGCUUAAGCUAUGUCCCUCCCCAAAUCCCAACUCUUUCUUGGCUGUGCAUUGCAGUGUUGUAAUUGCUUCUGUCUUGUCCUGUGAUUGAUGAAAUCCUGUCCAAAAGUUAUAACCGUAGAAUUCACAUUCCUUUUUGCAGACGGAAUAUCCCUUUUAAUGUGACUACAUUGCAUGUGCAUCUAUUCUUUGCUUGUAAUUAUGAAAACAUUCAAGACUAUGUUGAGCAAUACUUUAUGUACAUAUUUUUUUAAGAUAAAAGAAACACAUGCCCCUUUUUACAUAUUUCUUUUGGCAAGUUUGAGCUUGUGCAUAUUUAUGCUUCUGUCAUUGAGAGUUUCGGUAUCAAAAGAUCCAGACAUGUUCAUACUGUGGAACACUUUUUUUUUAUAGCUAUGGAGGCCUUUAUAUCCUGUCAAAGUAUUUAUAUCUUCUGCUUUGAAUCUUCACAAAGGAAAACUCUUUUCCUAUUCCAUACAACUAUUGGUAACGAGAUCUAUUAAUUAUAACUAAAUAGUAGUCUAUCUGCUGCAUCUUAAUGUAGCUACACAACCUUGAGUGCUGCUUUGCCCUGAUUAGUUAGUAGCUGAGUACAUUAAAAGCUGACAUUCCUGAAGCAUGUAAAUAUCCACAAAGCCUGUCACCAAUCCCAGCUUGCAUUGCCUGGUCAAGUGUGGAGAAAUUAAACUUGUUGACAUUGGGAUUGAAUGAGAAGUUUCUUGUUUGCGAAGAAAGCAGUUUCCAGUUGGAUUUGGACAGUUUCAAAUCAUGCACAUCUUUCAUAUUUGGUUGAUUUUUGGUUUGUCUUCGGUUGUAUCUAAAGAAUACUCGAUUGACCAUAUUGAUUCCCUAGCAGUGCUGUUUGCAAUGGCAUUGCAUAUUAUUAAGGCGACUUCCCUUAAAGGACUACCAUGGUGGUGUUUCCGGACAUUAAAAUGUCACCAGUGUGGUGAAUGCUGGCCAUCUCAAUACCACCUCCCCAUUGCCCCUUACCUUUAUCCCCAGCCUGAGAAGAAAGUUGCCUGUGACUGACACAUUGGAACAAAUGAUUCUUACUGAUUUGGAGGACACCAUUACUUCCACGGCAUUAAUAGGCCCUGUAUUCUGUUAAGUACAACCAUUUUGUAAAUAUGUAUUGUCACUUGAUUGUGCAUGGUUAUUAUGUAUGUAGAUAAACAUGUUGCCAAACUUUUCUGUGUCUUUGUUACUGCACCAUGAAUUAGACCGAGUUUAAAUUGAUUCAAGGGCAUAACUGAAGUCAUUUGAGAACCUACUGCAAUUCUUCAUCCUGUUUUUUGAAAGAGCAGUUCUCCCAUAAAGGGCUUGUACUUGUUCAGAGUUUGAAAUGCUGGUUGGAAAAAUUUCCACUUAAAGCAUUAACUUUGAUAACCCUGGCAUGCUGGUGCCAGCAAAAUGCAAUAAAGUGACUUGAAUAUGUGCCAAUAUAGGGAGUACUUUUCAUGUUUUGUAAUGUCAUGGAAACACACAACUGAGCACUUGGUGCCGAUGAGUCCACAGCGAUUGAAGCAAUGUGCAUUACACUAUGGCGAACAGUGGGGUUGAGGAAUAAAAUGUAACCUGUU